AUGCCACAUCCAACGAAAUGUCAAAAACAUUCAAGAAAGGCUUAUGAAGCAAAGGUUACACAUCAGUAUAUCAAAAAUGUAUCUAUCAAUGAUAAUUCUAAAAGUUAUCCUAAUAUUGACAAUGCUUCUUUCCAUGAUGAGCUGGAUGAUUAUGUCAAUGUUGAUAGUUUUUCUGUUCAUGAUGAGCCAGUGGAAAAUGAUAAUGCUGUAAGUAUUAUUAAAAAACUUCAAGAAGCAGCAAAAGAAUAUUAUCAGAAACAUGCUUCUCACGAAGCACGUAGACUAUGUUACAUAGGAAACUCAAGUCAUACUAAAAGAAGAAAGAAUCAACAACAGUGUGAGGCAACAAAAGAAACUCUUACAUUGCAUACCUUUUGGGAUGCCAAGAGAUCUGCUGAGAAAGUUGAUAAGGAGCUGGCUGAUGAAACUAAUGUAAAAGCAAAUAAUGAUAUUGACAGAUAA